CCUAAACAAUAUGUCAAGUGCUAAACACAAUGUACUGAGUCACAUUUUUAGAGCAGAAUUAAUUAAAUGAUUUUUUUAAAUUGUACUUUACACACGUGUAAUUCGGACAAUACGUAACAUUUCCGUAAAAAAAAUCGCUUCGUAUGGUCUUUAGAACAAUAACAUAUUCAAACUAAGACCAAUUCUGACUGAUUAUUUAUUAGUCCCCUACUGGUUUUCAUCGGAGGGGACUAUAGCUUUCCUCUGCGUCCGUCUGUCUGUCUGUCCCACUUCAGUUUUCCAUACUUUUUUUCUUAAUGCUUUUGAGGAAUGAUAUGAAAUUUGCUGAACAGCUUCAAAAUGUCAAAGUACAGAUCAAGUUUACACUUUUGUAGCGUCUGGUUGACAUAUUUUUGAGAAAAAUAAUUUUUUAUUUUCCAAUUUUUUAAUGUUCGGGUUUAAUAUUCUGCAUAAAAGUGCAUUGUUUUCACAAUUUCCACAAACCGGUAGGGGACGUGUAUUGCUUAUGCAAUACUCUCAGAAUGCUUGUUUCCUGUGUAUUAAUUCGCUUCUUGUGUACAUAAUGAUUAGCAGCAUUCACGACCGCGGGUAGACUGCAAGCCCCGGAGGCUUUUACACCUCUAGAAGUUAAGCCCCGCCCUCACCUGAGAUUUACCACCCGGUAAAAAUGUUCGGCCUUUAAGGACAGUCAAAUGUGUGGAAAACAGUAAACAAACAAAAAAAUGGAUGUGCUUUAGCAUAUGGAAAACCAUGUCAAGAAAAGAUCGAAAAAGAGUUAAUCCCAUUGAAGAGUCAAGGAAAUGGAGUGAAAAGAAUAUUUAUCCACCAGGAUUUAAUAUAAGUUUAUUUGAGAACAAAGGCAGAGGAGUCAGAACAACUGUCCGCAGAAAUGCAGGCGACUCUUUGUUAGUGUUUACAGGAAAGGUUAUAACAAAAAAGGAAGGUGAGAACUUGGAAGAAGGGUUCUCAUCUGGCUACAGAUUUUUUUUUACAGAGAUUUGUGUGUUGAUGCAUCAGAAGAAGAUGGGAGAUUGGGAAGGCUUGUGAACCAUGGGAGCUAGAAAGAGAUCAACUGCAAAAUGAAAUUAAUAGGGGAAGUGCUAUGUCUUUUUGCAACCAGAGAUAUACAUGAGGUAGAAGAGCUAUUAUAUGACUAUGGGCUCAAGUCUUAUCCAUGGAAUUCUAAGACAAACCAUCUUCCCCUAAGGGACCAUUCAGUGUGUCCAAUCUCACUGCUUCAUCUGCUGACUUAGAAUGGAAGCCAACAACAAAAGAUAAUGGUUCUUCAGUCACAGGUUAGUUAUUGAGUCCAGACCUAGCACCAGAGCAAGAUGGAGCAAAGUGGCCAAGAUGGAUGACAACACCACCAAAUACUCUCCCAAAGACCUCAUUGACUAUCUGUUCAGGGUGUCUGCUGUUAAUGAGGAGGGACAAGUCUCACCACUAGAGACCAAAGAACCUGUGAGACUUAAGAGGAAGAUAGAUGUUCUAUCUUCACCAAGACAAAUCAAAAUGUCUAAACUUGGUCCCGAUUUUGUGACACUGGAUUGGAAAUCCCUGUCUUCAGAUGGAGGCUCCAAGGUGACAGGGUAUGUGGUGAAGCAGAAGAGAGACUCUGAUGGUGACUGGGAGGAGGUGGCCACUCUAAAGGCCAUUGAGACGUCUUACAAGGUCCCCAAACUUGAUGAAGACCAAGAGUAUUUCUUUUCUAUAACUGUCCUGAACCAGAAAGGACAAGGAGAAACCUGUGAACUGGACACGUCUGUUGUUCCAAAUAGACCUCCAGAAAAACCAUUGCCACCAGAUGGUCCAGUCAUACUCUAAGACAUUCAGAAAAACUCUUUGGUGUUAGCCUGGAAACCCAGCAAGAAUGAUGGCAGAUCUCCUCUAACAGCUUACUAUAUUGAAAUGAGGGACCCUAAUAAUGGAUCCUGGUCUGCAGUCACCAAAGUGACCCCAGACAUCACCAGCUACUGUUUCUUGUGAUUUUGUUUUAUGAUUGUGUAGAAAUGGUGUUUGGAACUGGAGAUAAAGAAGAUCCCCCAAGAAAAGAACUAAAAAAGCAAAGAGGUAUU